GAAAGGGAGCAACGGAAAGGCUCCUUUUGGUGUAACUUUCAUCUGUGGCUGCUAUUCCUUCUGUGUCAUACACAAAAGGUGUUUCACCCUCAGCUGGCAUUCUUGGAAAGGUAAUGCUGUCCUCAGCUUCGUAGCUGAGUAAAACUCAGUUUCCUCCUCUGUACAGAGCGUCAGAACUUGUGUUUAUUGAGGCAGUGCAUGCACCAGUUAAAAGGGAUCAAAAUAAAGCAGCUUCUGUUCAAGUUGAAACUUACAGUUUCAAGCAGCACAAUGUGGAGGCAGAAAGUUGAAAAAGCGAGCUCUGCCUUGUCCUCUCCCCUCUGGGAGGAGGGAUGCCCUGGUCCAGACAUCCCACGCUGUAGCAGUGUCAGCAUACUCUCAGCGUAAACAGGGAGUCAAAUCCACUGGUAUCGACAAGUCAGUGAUUUUACACUUCUGCGACUUCGAGGGAAUUGCUCUAGGUGGAGAGGGGUGAAAAUGAGGGCAGAGUCAGGCCCAGUACAUUUCCUCUGGCUGGAAGGAGAAACCAGGCCUUCAUCAUUUUGUUCAAGCUAUACAAUAAAAUCCUUCAGUGCAGCCUAUUCCAAACGCAUGACACUCUGCAGAAAUGAGACUGGGCAUGCCUGCCAGCAGCCUUGAGGCAGAUGCUCUCUCCCGUUUACCAAGGCACUGCAUCAUCUCCUAGGCUGAACCAUGUUGUUGCCAACAUUACGGACUCACUGCGAUGCGUCAAAGCCCCCCCAGCACGGACACUGAACUGCACAGCCUGCCACCGGUUUACUGUCUCCUCAGUGUAUCGGGGAGGGGGGGAACAGGCAGUGUAUACACGCAUAGGCACACACACAAGGUACACACGUACAUUCUCUCUCUCUCUCUCACACACACGCGCGCGCGUGCGCACGCACAGCCCAAGGGAGGUAAGUCCAGCCCCCAGCAGCGGGGCCAUCCUUCUGCUGCUGGAUUUUUCCAGCCAGAGCAUCUUGCCGGCUCUGCUGUAAUUUAUGGAAAUUGGUUUCUGACGUGGGGGUUUUUCUGUUACGGCAGGAACCCUCCGACUGGAGGAGGCAGAGCUGCAGUCAGGGCACGGGAAGAGAGGGAGGCGAAGAGGUGGGGGGCAGAGGGACACCGAGGGAGUGGAGAGGACAGAGAAAGAAAAAGACACAGGGACACUUCAGAGAUGGGUGAGUUAUAACUAACAGAGCAGGAAGAAAGGCAGAGAAAGGGAGAGAAGAAGAGCUGUGGGGAAGGGAAAGGGAAAGGAGCUCGGAGACUGACUCGGUCUCAGGAGGGCAAACGCCAGGAGACGAGUUCAGGGAACACCCCAGCAUAUCAAGAAGGACCUGUUCUGUCUGAACCUUCACCAUGAGCACAAGGAAGAGCUGCCCCCUGCCACUGGGGCAAGGAGACCGGGAGGAAAAGCACGGUGAGGGUACUCCUGACCUGCAGCGACAGGAGUGUGAGGUGGAGCUGAGGAACAAAGCUAUUCUGCAACAGAAGAGGCGCCUUAAACAGGCCACCCAGUUUGUGCACAAGGACUCUGCUGACCUGCUGCCCCUGGAUGGCUUGACAAGGCUUGGCACCUCCAAGGAUCUGCAGCCGCAUAGUGUGGUCCAGAGGCGCCUCUUGGAAGGCAAUCUGAACAAGCUGCGGGGCGAGACCAGGGUUCAAUCUGCAUGGGUUCAAUCUCCGCUGGCAAAAGACCAGGAUGAAAAGAUGGAAAAGGGAGAGGACAGGAGAAAAGAGACUUCACACCUGCUGAUACAGUGUCAGUGCCAAGGUCAGGUAUUGAAAGCAACUGUUAACACCGGGUGUCUACCAAAUCUCAUCUCCAAGAGCUGUUUAAACCAGCUGGGGCUGGAAGAAGUGUCUGCCAUGGACUGUGGAGACCUCUCUCUUCCCAUAUCCAGCGUUGUUGGCCGAGUAGAACAUAUGGAGUUGCAAUUUGGCCAGGAGACAGUGCUGUGUUCAGCACUGGUUGUAGAUGAUGAAAUGCUGGAGUUUUGCAUUGGUCUCCAGACUCUGUUGUCUCUCAAGGUAAGGAACAGCUUCUUCCUUAUUGCAGGACUCCUCUCAAGAAGUUUGCAAAGAUUUGAUUGCUGUAAGCAUCAGAAAUAUUUACUUCAGGUCUUCCAGGGUGCUACCGGCAAUGCUUGUUGCACAGCUGCGUGGCUGGCUGCAGUAUGCUCUAAUUCCUUUCCAGUCUAAGUCACUAAUUCCUUUCCCGUCCUUCUUAAAGGUUUUAGGAAAGGAAUCACCCAGUAGGAUACUAUCACAUCUUCCAUUCUUUGUAUUCCUGACCAUCCAAGUUGCAAAGGCAACGAGGGAACUGAAGAGGCAACAAAAAAAGAGGCAAAGCACGCUGUGUCACAAGUUAGAUUUGUGUUGCCUUUGGAAGGCAGAUGCGAACAAGCUCUGUCCUCGCUUUGAGCUAAGUGAAGCUGCACGAUCACCAUCAGCGUGCAACAGUAACCAGACACGAGUGGGAAGAGUCCUCCCCUUUUGUCAGCUCAGCUCAGGGUCAGUGCUCUGCUGGGCCUGGCGCCUGGGUGGCUCAGAGCAUGGCUGCAGCAAGACAGCUUGCUCCUGCCUGUCAUAUGUUUGUAGCCACAUGUCAAACACAUAAGCAGGGAAAGUCUUGGGCUGAAUGACUGAGUCAUGUGAGGACAUCACCUCAGAGGGAGUCAUAGGAAGAAGUGAGGCGAGUGGCUCUCUGAAGGGUUUGGAGAGGAAUUCAUUGAAGGGAAUAGGAGCAAGGAGGCAGCAUGGGGGACAGGGAGGGGAACUGUAAAGUCUCUACAAACCAAAAGUGGAGUUUUUUGGUGGUUAUACAGGUUUUCCCCAGUCACAGACAUCAUGAGAUUUGCUAUCUGAAAUGUCCAGCAACUAACUGGCUCUCCCCGUCUUUAGUGUUGCAUCGACUUGGAGAAAGGAGUCCUGAGAUUUAAAGCACUGAGUCAAGAGCUGCCUUUUCUACAUGCCUCUGAAGAACCUGGUCAGUGACUGGCUGCGUUCCCAAAGUCUAGGGCUGAGGAGACUUGCUGCCGUGAGAGAGAGAUGAGGGUGAGGCUCACACGCCCCUAACCUUGCUGAGUUCUAGGCUGAGGCAUUCGCUGGGGAGUUAGAAAAAGGCAAAUGGGUGCUGGAAGCUGUUGUUGCUGGGAGUGCCUCAUCUUGAGAGAUAUCCCUCCUUUCAGUGGACCCUCUUGCUUGUCCCCAUGUGCUGAGUGGGCAUUUUGUUCUUGUUUUUCUAUCUGUCCCUAGUCACUCCAAUUUCUACUUCUGUACUAAAUUCAGCCUACCCUUUUAAUGACUUAUUUUUACAAUACCCUCUGUUCAUGAGACAAGAGAGUCUCUGUGAACAGUCUCCGGUUGUUCUGUGGACAGGAGGACAGUGCUUUCUCCAAAAGCCUCAAAGAUUGCCAUGAGUAUUUCCCACCUCUUUGCCUCAGUGUGAGAGGACUCCACUCCCAUUUCUUUGUGGGAAGGGCUCUGUGGCCAGUCACCUCACUUGUACUCUGGGAAGCUGGAUUUUACUACUUUUUCCUGGCUCAGAGCAGAAGAGAAGUAUUUUCUUGGAAAAACCUUGCAGCAAGAACACUUUGAGAGUCCUUAAUUCUAAGAAAACUUUGCAGAAAUGCUGAGUGUAGAUGCCUAGAGUACGGUGAAUGCUCACAGGGGCUUGGGCUUUGCCACUGCAUCCUUGGCCACUAAGCUAUAUUAUAUGAAUAGCAAUGCUGUUGGUGUUAUAUGCAGUAACCAGACUUGCACACCCUGUUCUUCUGACCAGGCCUCUCCUCUCUGCACUCCAGCUGCUAGAGCUACAUUUCUGCCUCCUCUGCUGCACCAUCAGAGAUCCUGCCACUCACUUUAAAUGCUGCGAUGAAUUACAGCACCCAGAGUCUUUUGCUCUGCCAGCUCCUUUCUUUCAACUUGAGAUCUAGUGAUACAUCAGCCUCAAGUCCCAGCACCUCAGAGCCCAUCAACUUUCCUACUCCUGCAUGAAACAAAAUCUAGACUUCCUUGCAGUAUCAGCUCAGGUCAGAGAACUGUGAACUUGUCUGGGAUGAUCAGGGUGAUUGUUAAAUCACUUAAUUGUUGGGGGGGUUUAAUAUUUUUUUUAUGUGCAUCCUAGAGCAUAGCUGUAUGACGAAUAUAUAGUCUAUUCUUUACUAGCUCUAGGAAAGAUGCACCAGAUCAGGGCUUGUUCCAUGCCUUUUGACUACUUAUUCACUACCUGCAUUUUGCACAAUGUCCCUUAGUCCACCCUUAGAAUGUCACGACACCCCCGUUUUGCCUAUCUUCUUGGAUUAAACACUACUGGCUCUCUUCCUUUUUAUCAAGCCUCUUGUUUCCAUUGUGCUUGUUAAAGAAUUUGUGUAUGCAGUUUUGCUUUUUACUGUUAGUUCUUCCCUAAAUCAGAUGCUGCAUGCUGUAGUUUAACAUACGGUGAAAUCAGCAGAGUACAGCCUGGCUGAUACGAUUUGGGAUGCACUUCCCAGUGUUAGCUGGUGUGACUGGCAUCUGCUCCUCCCACAAGCAGCAUCAGGCUAGUGACUUUUAUUGUUAGUCGUCAUAUCUUGCAGCUUCUGAUCUGUUCCUUGGCUUCUUUGCCAUUCUCCUACUUGUGCAUCUGUUUAUUUCUGGCUGCAUGAACUGCUUUCCAUGAAUCUCCUGAACGACACCAAUGGUCCUCUCAUUUAAGUCAGGACACAUCUACUUGAUGAGCCUGUCUUCCAAAGUACCAGUAAUUCCUCCUGGAUUUGUAUCACUUGCGUGUCUGACUGGCUCCUCAAACCCAGGGGUCUUUAAUGACAGUUCAGACUUGUACUAAACCAUCCUGUGUCUCAGCUGGAAUCUACAUAGUACUUGGGUCAACUCUGCUGAAAAUGUCGUGUUUGUGAUAGAUGAACCACCUGUUCCUACGUGCAGCAGCUUGCCUAGUUUCCAACUCUCAUUGCCCUCUAAAAAUGGCAUGUGAAACAAUGGCAAAUAAUCUGCUAAGGCCAGUAGAUACCAUGUCCAUUAAAGCUCUUAUGAUUCAUUAACUUUUAUGCCCUAUUUAAAAAAAAAAAAAAAAGACAAA